CUUGUUAUAUUUGUUUAUCUCCUUAAUUACUGUGUUAUGACUGACGUUGUAUUUUACUUAUCAAGUAUUUAUGUAAAUUUAUCAAUCUUAUCAAGAUAGCAAUAAGAUUUGGUAUAAAUAAAAACAAAAUAUUUUCUACGUUCAGAAUUGAAGAGUUGAAGAAACAGAAGACUAUUAAAAAUUAAACGUGAUUAAAGCAGUUACUACGAUGUUUAUUAUUAUAUUAUUACUUAUUUUUAUUCUAUUUUUAACAUGUCAUUAUUAUGCUCAAUAUAUAUCAAAUCGAAGAUUAAUGAAUAAAAUACCAGGACAUGUGUCUUAUAUAACUCUUAAUAGCAUAAUGCUGGGAUGUGGUUCACGAGAGGAACUUUGGAAGAUUCUAAUUAAUUUUGCUGAUCAGUUUUAUCCCAUUUUUAAAUUAUGGAGCUUUUCUGUACCUUUGAUUUCUAUUCGUCAUCCUAAUGAUUUAGAGAUAAUUCUAAAAAAUACAAAACAUCUUGAAAAGGGUAUAUUUUAUGAUGCAUUACAUCCUUUUAGCGGCACGAGUCUUUUUACUAGUACAGGCUCCAAAUGGCAAUCACGGAGAAGACUAUUAACUCCUAUAUUCCAUUUCAAUGCAUUACAACAGUUUACUGAGAUUUUAAUCGAGGAGGGCGAGAGUAUGGCAAAUUCUUUGAAGAAUGCAGCAGACACUAUUACAAAAGACUUAGUCCCAUUUAUCAGUGAACAUACACUGAACGCAAUAUGUGAAGCUGUUGUAGGGAUUUCUCCGCAAAAAAUGGGUUCAUUUCAACAUCAGUAUUGGACAGCGGUUUACCGGAUAAAUGAAUUUAUUAUUUAUAGGUCUCUCAGGCUAUGGGCGCAUAACGAUUGGAUAUUUUCGUUAACGCCAAAAGGUAGAGAACAAACAAAGGUCUUAAAGUUAUUGCACGGAUUUACAGAAAAAAUUAUUGAGGAAAGAAAAAUUUAUCAUAAACACAAUGGACAAUACUUGAGGAAUCUUAUCAAAGGUACAGUGGCAACUAAUGCAGAAACCAUUGGAAUUCAAAAAAAGCGGCUCGCAAUGUUGGAUUUUUUAAUAAUGGCGUCUCAAGAGAAUUUUUUAACCGAUUCCGACAUUAAAGAAGAAGUCAAUGGUUUUAUAUUUAAGGGUAAUGAAACUGUAGCGAUGGGUAUAUGCUUUGCUUUGUCACUACUGGCCGAACAUAAAGAUAUUCAGGAUUGUGCCAGAAAAGAAAUUAAUACUAUUAUGCAACAGAAUCAAGGAAAACUUACCAUGAAAUUGCUGCAAGAUUUGCAAUAUUUAGAGAGAUGUAUACAAGAAACGUUACGUUUAUAUCCAAGUAUGCUUCUCAUGGCACGAAUUACUUCAGAAGAUACACAAUUACAGUCACAUUUAAUACCUGCCGGAGCAAUGAUGCUCCUUAAUAUCUUUGGAGUCCACAGAGAUUCUAAUUUUUGGCUAAAUCCAGAAAUAUUUGACCCAGAUAGAUUUUUACCUGAGAAUAUCCAAAAUCGUCAUCUUUAUUCAUAUAUACCAUUUAGUGCUGGUCCGCGGAAAUGCAUUGGUCAACGAUUUGCUUUACUGAUGAUGAAGGCAAUGAUAGUCCCCCUGAUUCACAAUUUUUAUUUGGAGCCUGUCGAUUAUUUAAAAGAUGUACGAAUGGGAAUUAAUCUAAUAUGUCGCCCUCUUAAUUCACACCGUAUAAAAUUUAUUCCAAUAGCUACAAAAUCUACAUAAGCAUUUAAAUUUCAAAAAAUGAAUGUUUAGUGCAAAAAUACAGAUAAUUAUUAUGAGAUUAUAAAUGUGUAGAGUGUCCUAGAUUUAUUGCGAUACCUGUUAGUUGUAGUUUCUUGAGAUUAUUUUAAAUCUUACUAUCAAAAUGUUGGAGCUACAAUAAUUUUUAAUAAGAAGAGUUUAAAGUUGGCAAAUCAAACUGUUCGAAAAGAGUGCGCACUCGGAUAUGAGACAGUAGUAAAGGUGUUCGUAAAUAAAAUUCUUUUUUUUAUAUUGAUUUUAUUACAUUUUUACUGUACGUGAAAGUAUAUACAAAAUUACUUUUCAUUUAAAAAUGAUAUUUUGGUAUUAUAAUUUUUGUCUCACAUGUACAGUGCUGGACGAAAUUAUUGUUACAGCGCGGUUACUACUGUAAAAUAUCUGAGAUCAUACAUGUAUAUGGAUCUCGUUUGCCAAUAAGCCAAGUAAACCUUAAUACUUAUCGUCGAGGAAUUCAAUGUCCUUUUACGAGUUAAUUCCACUCUUUUGUUCCUUAAUAUAUAGCAAUUCUGAAAUAAAUUUCUUAUUGUAAUUUGGCUCGGAAACUAAGAUUGUUGCUAGCUAGGCAAAUAAAUGCUAAGCAAAUAAAUGCAAAUAAUUAAACUCCUAGUUUCCAAAAAUUAUAUUUGUGGAUCUCAUAUCGUAUUGUUACUUUCGUUCAAGUGUUACGAUAUAAUUUUUUAACUCUUGCUCGCUACACUUAUUUUUGAGUCCAAAAUUUGCAUACAAAAUACAUUAAUUUUUUAAUUUAAAAGUAAAUAUUUUAAAGUCAUGUUUAAACAUUAUGCAAUGUUUUUCGCUUUAAAAAUUAACUGAUACCAUGAUAAAAUACAAGGAUAUGCUCUUGCGCAUCUUGUGGAAAGCGAUCAAGGGAAACUGCUCCACUAAAGCUCCAGUCACACUAAGCGGUAAAUUUAAAACAGCGUCUUUAAAUAGUCAUUGUUAAAAGUAUUUUUUUAAUAAAAUUGUUACUAUGAUGUUUAAAUCCCGAUAAUGUGUAAUUAUAAAAUAUGCUGCGGUAUAUAUAUAAUAUACUCUACAUAAUACUAUAGAAUUUGUUGUAUGUAUGGUCAAAAACAAAUCAAAGCAAAAAAUUGAAUAGCAGCCGACGUAUAACGUAUCUAUGACGUAACCUUGAAGAUUCGCAAUAGUCUGAGUGUAAUGAGCAUACCUUCGUAUUUAUGUCAUGACUGAUGCAAAGAUCGAGGACUGUCUGCACUCUGUCAAGGCAAACUUCAACAUUAGUUAUAAUUGUGAUGAAUGUUAAAUGCUACGAUAGAUGUAGUAUUUAGUAUCAAACAAUUUUAACUUACAAAUUAAAAUUACCGAUUUGAUACUAAUUGUUAAAUUAUUGGAAACCGAGAUAUAUUCUCGGCCGUAUAAAUCACUACACUUUUUAAAUCUUGAAUAAAUCCCUUAAAAGUUUUCUUAAUAAUUUAUCGCUAUCAGACAAUGACGGGAUAUGUUGAAAGAAAGUUUAGAGAAGACGAUGUUAAUAGUUGACUCUAUGGAUGUUCGAUAAAGGAGUCCGAUAAAGGAGGCAAGAUAAGGUAAAUUCAAUAAAAUGAUUUGCGUGUUGUGAAACAAUCUACCGUGUUAUAAACUAUUGAAAAUGGCUUAAAUCGGAAACGCAGAUAUAAACGACUUCUCAUCUGAAGUUAAUUUUAGCACUUAAUCUUCCUACUUAUGUACAUUUGGUAAUUUUAAAAUUAGAGAAGAUGAUAUUAUGGCCAUCUAUUUUAUUCAACAGCUUUAAUAAUAAUCAACAUUUUAUAUUGAAAUUUAAGCGAUUGUAUUUGUCAAGGUGUUGUUUAAUAGAUUCUAGAAUCAAAGUUAUAAAAUAUUUAUUACUUAGGAAGUGAUUUAUAAAAAUGUGACGACACUGCAUAAUGAGUCCAAGAAAGGGUGGUAACAUAACCAUUAAAAAAAUAAAUUUAAAAAUUGGUUUUGUCUAAAAACACACAGUAUUUUGUAACAAAAUUGUAUAUUUUUUAAAAAUAAAAAGAGUUACAUUAUAAUAUAACCGCGUUCCAUGACAGAGAUAAAUAUUGAUUUACUUCAAUUAGAAGAUAGAUCACAGACAAAUUGCCAAAAAAUAGAUUUUACAAAAUAAAUCUUUAGACUUGAUUCAAAUUUUUAGAUUUUUAAUUAUAGAAAAAAAUUAAAUAUUGCACAUUUAUUAAUAAACUCCCUACUGUCGUCAUUACAAAUUCAUCUCGAAUAGAACAAAAAGUUGUCACAACAUCAAAAUGACGUCAUAACGAUUACAAAAUAAUAGAUUUCAAAUAAAUUUUUUUAAAUUUAUUCGAUCAAUCACGAUUUAUUUUAAUGUUAUUUUGACCUUACUGUGGAUUGUUUUGUAUGAGUGCGGAGUGCAUCAAUGCACUCAAAUACGUUUAAUUUUUGAUUUUAUCCUUCAUUUGGUAAACAACAAACAUAAAAUGCUAUUUAUAUUUCUGAACGCAGUCUUCUAGAGUGAUAAUCGAUUUAUCGAAGAAAUAUUUUGAUAUGCAAAUCUCGAGAGUAGUCAUAUUACGAGCACACUUAAGUGGUUAUUUUAUAAAAUGAUAUGCUAUUAAUAAUUUUGGAUAAUUCAAAAUACGGAUAGCCGAAAGUAAAAUAAAAAAAGAAAACAAUAGAUUGUAUAUACAUUUGUGUGAUACUAUGCUCAAGUUUAAAGUUCAAAAACAAUGAGAAUAUUGUGUAAUUAAAAAUUGACAUAUAUAUAAUAAAUAUGCCUUGUCUGUUAUUGCGUAUUGGCAUUAACGGCAGGUUAUUAUAUAAAUAAUUCCAUAGGUCAUUACAAUAAUAACAUAAUAAGGUCGUCACAUAAUAACGCAGAUAAUAAGGAUGGAUGUAAUACGUACAGUAGCCACCUUCUCUUCUAGCACUAAAAGAUUACACAUUUGUUUUAAAAACGUUUUUAAUAUUAUGAAUACUUUUAUAGUAUGUUAAUAAUAUAUGCAAAUAACGUUAGACUAUUCAAAUAAUAUUAUUGAAUUUAAUGUAUACUUUAAUGUGUGUGCGUAUGAAUUCGACAAAUAAAGCGGCAAAUAAAAAUUAUAUUAUUAUAUAGGGUUUGUGGAUUGUAGUUUGAAAUAUGAUCGUUCGUUAUGUGCAUCACUCUUACGACUUUAUAAUCUCAUUGUAGACGUUGUAUAAUGUUCGUCAAAA